UACGUAUGACGUUGCCACGGAGUAACGGGCGGAUAUUUUCAAAAUGGAAGAAAUGGCAAAGUUUUGGAGGGGAACGGGAGGACGACAUAUAUUCACCCUCUGAAAACUUCUGCACUGAGUCCUGAUGUACUCUGCCGAUCACGGAACAUUAUUACAAUUCUGCAUGCAUCUGCAAAACCAAAACUCGGCACGAUGAGUGUUUCAAUCGGCGACAAAAUUGAGGAUUUUAAGGUUCUCACCCUCCUUGGUAAAGGCUCCUUUGCAUGUGUUUACCGGGCCAAAUCGGUCAAGACUGGCUUGGAGGUUGCUAUCAAAACGAUAGACAAAAAAGCAAUGCAUAAAGCUGGGAUGGUCCAGCGAGUGACAAACGAGGUGGAGAUUCACUGCCGGCUGAAACAUCCUUCAAUCCUUGAGCUCUACAACUACUUUGAGGACAGCAAUUAUGUAUAUUUGGUGCUGGAGAUGUGCCACAAUGGAGAGAUGAGUCGGUAUCUUAAAGAACGAAAGAUGGCGUUCUCUGAGGAUGAAGCAAGACAUUUCAUGCAUCAAAUAGUGAAAGGAAUGCUGUAUUUACAUACUCAUGGCAUCUUGCACCGAGAUCUGACUUUGUCAAAUCUCCUGCUGACCAGCAACAUGAACAUUAAGAUUGCAGACUUUGGCCUGGCCACUCAGCUCAAACUACCAAAUGAAAAGCACUUCACCAUGUGUGGGACACCCAACUACAUCUCUCCAGAGGUGGCCACUCGCAGUGCUCAUGGCCUGGAAUCAGAUGUCUGGUCACUGGGAUGCAUGUUCUACGCCUUUUUGAUGGGUUACCCUCCGUUUGACACAGACACAGUAAAGCAUACUUUGUCUAAAGUUGUUCUUGGGGAGUAUGAGAUGCCUACCCAUGUAUCUCAUGAGGCUCAGGACCUUAUUCAUCAGUUGCUGCAGAAAGACCCCACCCAGCGGCCCAGCCUGUCUGCGGUGCUGGACCACCCAUUCAUGACUCAGAACCUGCUGCUCAGGACUAAAGAGCUGGGGCUGGGGGAUGAUGGGUCCAUAGACAGCGGGAUCGCCACUAUAUCCACAGCUUGCACUUCCUCUACAUCAGCUAGCAGCAGCACCCGUCUCCAGAGGCGAACCAAGCACAUGAUUGGCUCAGCUCUGCCCAAUCGCAUGACUCAUGUUCCAAGUCUUCCACGACAACUCAGCAGUGCCUGCUUUGAGGAUGGUGAGCAGUGGCAUCAGCAGCAUCCACAGGACAGAUUUCACAGAGAGGGCAGGAGCAGGGAAGCCCCUGCUGGAGAAAGUGGCUUGCCUCACUCUCGCUUCCUGAGGAGGGCACACUCGUCAGAUCGCUGCAGUUCUGCUGCUCCAGGACAAAUUUCAUCUCACACUGAGCUGGGGAGAUGCCAUUCAGAGGAGACCCUGGCUGAAGUAGGACGGCCAGUCUUCCCUAUGUCCUUCACUCAACACCCAUUUACAGAGCAUGGCAAGCUGCCCUCUCCUCCUGUCAAACAGUCUGCAAGUUCUGGGAAUUUAGCAGCAGAGAGGACACAUCCACCAAACUUAAAAAUUCCGGACUUGGAAGGAGUUUCUAAUUGGCUCAACAAUGAAGAAGUCACCCAGCUGAAGGGAUUUUCUCUCUCAGGUUCAGGACAGAGGCCCACAGAGAGCAGCACUCACAGCAGCGGCAGCAGCUUCCACAGCGGCAGAGGACCUUUAGGGGUUCACAACUCGUGGACAGACAAGCCGAUGGGCAGAGGUGUAAACCUUUACCACAGCCAGCAUCUCCUGCACCACCAGUUUCCCUCCAACCCUGACUCAUACAGGGAGAACAUACCAGGAGCAGAAUUCCAGCCUCCUCACAACAGAGAUUCAAAACUCCUGUCAUCUAAAACCAGCACCGACAAGCCGCAGAAAACCCUGAGAGACAUAGUCCCGCCUCUGUGUGCAUCCAGACUGAAGCCUAUCAGACAGAAGACCAAAAACGCAGUUGUGAGCAUCUUGGACACAGGUGAAGUGUGCAUGGAGUUGUUAAAAAACCAAAAUGGUCAAGAAAGAGUCAAAGAAGUCCUACGGAUUUCCUGUGAUGGAUCAAUGGUAACAAUUUACCAGCCUAAUGAUGGAAAAGGUUUUCCUGUGCUAGACUGUCCCCCUGCUCCUCCAGAAGAUAUUCUGAUCUGCAGCUUUGAGGACCUUCCAGAGAAAUACUGGAAGAAGUAUCAGUAUGCCUCCAAGUUUGUGCAGCUUGUGAAAUCCAAGACUCCUAAAGUGACCCUUUACACCAAGUAUGCUAAAGUUAUGCUCAUGGAGAACUCUCCCAAUGCAGACCUUGAAGUUUGUUUUUAUGAUGGAGCAAAAACUCACAAGACAUCAGAGCUGGUGCGUGUGGAGAAGAGCGGGAAAUCAUAUACUGUGAAGGGGGAGGUGGGGCUGAGCGGCCUGAGCCCAGAGAGCAGGCUGUAUGUGGAGCUGUCAAAUGAGGGCCAUAACAUGUGUCUGUCGCUGGAGGCUGCCAUUGCAGCAGAGGAGCAGCGCAGCACCAAGAAAGUUCCUUUCUUCCCCAUAACUAUUGGCAGGCGACCUGCCACUUCAGACUCCCCCUCCUUAUCGUCCACGCCCUCACAGCAGGUACCUCCUGAUGCAGCUUCUCCUCCACAAAUCACUCCCUCAAUGAUUUCCUACAAUGGGUCUGAUUUCACCUCAGCCAGUCUGAGUAAGAAAUGCUCUCCGGUGCGACAGGACCUGGUUCAGACUUCAGGAAAGGUGGUUAAGUCGAUAUUUGUGCCCAAUGUUGGAUGGGCAUCCCAGCUGACAAAUGGAGAGGUGUGGGUGCAGUUCAAUGAUGGGUCUCAGCUGGUGGUUCAGGCUGGAGUUUCCUGCAUCACCUACACAUCUCCAGACGGAAGGAUCACCAGGUAUAAGGAGAACGAGAAGUUGCCAGAACACGUCAAGGAAAAGCUGCACUGUCUCUCAACCAUUCUUGGAUUGUUGGCAAACCCAACAACACAUCACUUACAAACUCAUUAACGCUUGUAGCAGAGAACU